GUGUGGAUCAGCGGCAGAUAUUUAUAUUGGGUUUGCGUCGACGUGGCAGCAUCUGAAUGCUUACCAAAGGGAACAUUUCUUCUAUUUUGCUGCAAAAAAUGGAGCCCAAAGCGAAGAAGAAGAAGUGAAGAAGCAGUGCUUUAAAGGAGCCAUGGAAGGUCUUCUUCGGCCUCUGUGCAGCUCAUCCAUGGUGUCAUCCCCAAAACCCAGAAAUAAUAAAGCGUCGUUGCCGAUACAAUUGCUUCCUUUAAUGCCCAUAUCCUCUCGCUGUCCUUACUCGCCCAACUUCACCUUAUCCACUAAAUUCCCGCUUUCCCGUUUUCCUCCUUAUGUUUUGUAUGCUACGCAAGAAAGGCAAGUAGGAACAGAAGUCAACAAUGAUGUAAGAGAAUGGGCUAUGCAAGAUUUUUAUUCUUUGAGAAAGGAUGUUGAAACAGUCUCCGAACGUGUUGAAGAGAUUAGAGCAUCCGCUGGUCUGCAACAAUUAGAGGAGGAACUUGCAGUUUUGGAGUCAAAAGCGGCCGAUAGCUCCUUCUGGGAUGAUCGAGCUAAGGCUCAAGAGACGCUUUUAGCACUGACCGAUGUCAAAGACAAGAUAAAACUGCUUUCUGAGUUCAAAGCAAAGGUUGAAGAUGCAGAAACAAUAAUUAUGCUAACUGAAGAAAUGGACUCCAUAGACACCGCCCUGCUCGAAGAAGCAAACACUAUCAUCAAGGAACUGAACAAGGCAUUAGAUCGGUUUGAGUUGACCGAACUUCUUUCGGGUCCUUACGACAAAGAAGGAGCUGUUAUCUCUAUAACAGCUGGUGCUGGAGGCACUGAUGCUCAGGAUUGGGCUGACAUGCUUCUCAGGAUGUAUGUGAGAUGGGGAGAAAAGCAGAGAUACAAGACAAGAGUGGUUGAAAAAUCCCCAGGAGAGGAAGCGGGGAUCAAGUCCGCGACAAUUGAAGUCGAAGGUCGCUAUGCUUAUGGCUACUUGUCUGGGGAGAAAGGAACACAUCGCAUAGUGAGACAGUCUCCUUUUAAUUCCAAAGGUCUUCGCCAGACCAGCUUUUCUGGUGUUGAAGUAAUGCCUCUUCUACCGGAGGAGUCCAUAAACAUUGAAAUCCCAGAUGAGGACUUGGACAUAAGUUUUUCGAGAGCCGGUGGGAAAGGCGGUCAGAAUGUGAACAAAGUUGAAACUGCCGUUCGAAUCACUCACAUCCCAACUGGUGUUACUCUUCGGUGUACAGAGGAGAGAUCUCAACUGGCAAAUAAGAUCAAAGCUCUGAGCCGGUUGAAAGCCAAGUUGUUGGUCAUAGCCGAGGAGCAACGGGCGUCUGAGAUCAAGCAAAUAAGAGGAGAUGCAGUGAAGGCCGAGUGGGGCCAGCAAAUAAGGAACUAUGUUUUUCAUCCGUACAAACUUGUUAAGGAUGUACGGACAGGAUUGGAAACGUCAGAUAUUGUUUCUGUGAUGGACGGUGAAUUGGAACCCUUCAUCAAGGCUUUCCUCAAGUACAAAUACAGCAUGGCCGUGUCUACUAGUGGGGUGAUUAAUGACGUUUAAGCAUACUUGUUUGAAAAGCAAUUGAAUUUAAAUUUA